AAAAGGCACAAUAUGUUUCACACGCAUCGACACCAAUACAUUUAAACAUCGGGGUCGGUUUAAUAGCUCCACGUUUUAUAGCUCCUUUUGGGCAGAAACCCACUUCAUUCUAUAAACCCGUUUUCGUUUGGAGCUUAGGACUCUGAACGCCUUUCCUUCGCUUUAUCUGGCCCGAGUUCCGCCGUCAAUAGGUUUUCAUUGUGCGGUUAGUGUUUGGAAAAGUAAGUUGUGUUUUUUUUGCUCGAAAUGAACAUGAACCCCAUCGAAAUUACCAACUUUGGCGCCGUUGUCCAGUGCCCUUACAACAAAUCGCACACUAUUCUUGCGCAGCGUUUUGCGAAACAUCUGAUCAAGUGCCGGCGCCAACAUCGAAAUGCCAAGAUCGCUAUUUGCCCGUUCAACAGCUCCCACCACGUUAAUGAGCAGGAGAUGAAAGUGCACACGACGACUUGCCCCGAUCGGGGACAAAUCCAAUCGUUCAUGUAUCCGAUCGGGUGUCCGGCAAAUCCGUUGAUGGAUAGUACGCUAGUUCCAUCAGAUCAGGGCGUAACUGGUGGAUUGAUGGACAAUACGUUGGUUCCAUCCGACCAAAGCGUAGCUGCUGGAUUGGUCGAUAGUACGAUGGUUCCGUCCGGAACUGGUAUACCGGAUGAGGCGGCACACUGCUCUACGUCCGAUUCAUUGUGCGAGGAGGAAAAUUGGGACGACAUGAAUGAGCCGCCGUACAAUCCGCAAGAGUAUUGCGAGCGCAAUCUGAUCAUCCGGAAGGCCACUCAAAAGACAAAAUUUCAAAGACGACAAUUUCGUGAGGCAGAAAGGAAACGUUUUGAAAUGCUGAAAAAUCGUGACGCUUUUCCUCAAAAUCGUGAAACUUGAUGUGUGUGUGUGUGUGUGUGUGUGUGUGUGUGUGUGUGUUGCAGAAACCAGAAAAGGAGAUAUUUGCAGAACUUUUUUUUUAAAUUGUAACAAAUAAUUUACAACAGCGAGUCCCUCUUUUGCAGGACAACUAUAGAUUUAGAUGUGUGAAAAAAAUGCACCGAGAGCAACCAUUGUAUCCAUCGAUAAUGAUGUCAAAAUAAAUCUUCCCCAAUCAAAUAAGCAACAGCAAAUCGGCCUUUUUGUGUGAACAGACGCGAACUAAGAAAGGUUGUUCCCUAGCAGACAAAUUGCAGUCGAAAUCAAAUUUCCAUA